AUGGAUAGCGUGCAACUGGAACUCGGUGUGGUGUCAAAAUUAGAUGUGUCUUACGCGAAUCCACUUAACGCCUUCUCCACCAAGAUAACGGAUUUUCGUGGUCAAGGCCUCAUUAACGCUAUUCACCUGUCGUGGACCAUCAAAUGGCGUCGCCAUCACAUAAGAAGCUCUUUUGAGCCCCAGAGUCACACCGACUGGGAUGAGGGGGAGGUGGGAGUGGAAGCGGUUGAGUCCCUCCAAGUGGCCCCCAACGUCAUGCUCCGUCUCAUCUGGAGUGCUGGUGACGCUGAACCCGCUGAGAACAUGAUUAGUGCAGCAUUCACCUCAUAUACCCUCAAGGAGCUCCACAACCUCGAAGCCUCCAGGCGUCUUCCUAUUCCCGUGAACCUCAUGGCUCACGGAAUAACCCCGACGGGGGCGACGUUGCAAUGGGAGCUGCCUCAAGAGUUCCACAAGUCACGCUACAGGGACAUCUUGGGCUACCAGGUGCGCUACUACCCUACCAGGCGGCACGACACGGGCGAGUCUGUGUUGGUGCCGUCAGUGGUCGUGCCAGUGUCCCCACUGGUGAAGAACGUUUCCGAUCCAGAGGCCACUAGCGUGGUACUGCAAAAUCUAGAGCCCGACACAGUCUACGAAUUUGCAGUGCGCGUUGUCUCUCUGUUCAAUGGGGCGCCCAAACUGGCCGAUGCCUGGAGCAUGGUACAGGGCUUUGAGACACCCGGACAGCUUGACGGCGAUAGAGCACAAUCUCCAAUGAGCUACUGGGAACUGUCGAUCCUCGGAGCGCUUUCCAUAAUCUUGUCGUCUUUCACAUCUACUGCACACCUCGCUGCUGAAAGGGCAGUUAACCAACUUUUAAUCCUUAGAGAUCCUUCCACUGCCUCAUCAGCUCUUUCCCGACCUCUUGAUCUCCUCGUUGCUGGUUUUAAGGUGACAGAUUUUCGACGUCCGGAAUCUCCACCGCAGAAUAUCACAGUGAGUGCAGUAAUGACUGGCUAUCUUACCCCGCCCGACUCUCUGGGUGACAACGGUGGCAGUAGGGAUGGUGCUAGCAUUCUGGUAAACUGGCAUGGUGUAGCGGAGGUAGGUGCGCGCGGCCUCUACCACCUCUACAUUUCGCCCGCCGACGAGUUUGGUGCACCGCGCACCCGCGGGUGGUCGCAGCAGCGUUCACCGAGGAGACAGUGGAGCAAGCACGCGGUGUCAGGCGGGCAGAACUCCACUGUAUUGCACAAUCUCCGUACCGGUCAGCCUUACCUGCUCGUCAUGAGUGCACAGAACCGUUUUGGGAGGAGCCCACUCUCUUCCCUCUGCUUCUUUAGAACUGCUGAUGCGGACGGCUCCGGUUUCAUAUACCUGAAUACGCUCGGCGAGAGGUACGAGUUGGAGAAAAUGACGCCUUUGAGAAUUCAACGCCUCUUUGAGGAGUUGGAAGUGGUUCUCAAAACCCUGAGAUCUUCCGAUGCUGCACGAACUGUUGCUCCCGACCUGAGCGACGGAAGCGUGAAUGAUAGACAAAAUCAGUGGAUCUUGGUCGCUGCAGUGCUUGCUGUCAUAGCUAUCAUCGUUAUCAUUCUGGCAGUGACCAUCGUUCUCACUCGCCGAUUUUCGCGCAGUCGGUUGGAUGGGGUUAGGAAGGAAUAUCUUGUUGAAAAGACCAAAAGAAUCGCGGAAAAGGGAGACGUAAACUCACCAAGGACUCCAACAAGCCACAACAACCACCAAUUGGGCUCACCGAGUUGCUCUGAAGUCGGGCUCACUCAUCGAGUAGGCGGCACUGGCUUGGAAAGUCUGAUGCACGUCCCACCACCACUGCCUCCAGUGAGUUUCGAGAACUCCACCGGUUUUAGUCCCUACGCAGGAUUGCCUUUCGUUAUGGACAGCGGCGUUGGCGUUAAUGGUGGUGGUGGUUUCAGUGUCGCAUCCAGCUCGGUGCAUAGCCAGCCCGUUCGCGUGCACGCCAACGCCCCGACGGCCUCAGCUGGUGGCGUGGCAGGCCGAGGGGGCUCAGAGUCGGACUGCCGUACCACGCCAAUUGAUAGCGACCUUGAGAGCGCCAAGUCGGCGAACCUGGUGACUGCCUUCUCCUACCACCAAGCAUAUCACCAACAUCCGCUUCAUCAAACUCUCUCACCGGCCCGACAACACGGAACCGCCUCACCGCCCGUUGUUGCUACUGCUACGGCAGAAAAACAUUCGGCUCUCGGACACCCUGGUCUCAUUGGCUCACCAGAUAUGCGGGCAGUGGGUAAUGAGGGUAAGCGUGGAGGCUGCUACCGUAGCUACCACCCCCACCAACCAGUACCUCUGCCUCCCAAAAUGGAGGAUCUCUUCACCCCUCCUAACAAAUCGCCGGGUCGACCGCUGAUACUGCCCUACCGCGAAUUGGGCCGCCUUGAGACGGCGGGAGUGGUGGGGGCAACGGGGAGCAGCGAGUCCGCUGAGGCCUCGCGCUCCAUCGCGGGUAGCAGCGGAUAUGACAGUGGUGCGCCCACCAACAACCAACCAUCGGGGGUUGGCGACAGAGUCCUAACGGAAUCUUUCAUGGCUCGUCAUCAACCGCACCUUGACACCCACUCCGUCAACAGUGGCACUCUUCCACGCAAAUUUAUUCCUCCCACGUCAGGGAGUGAGCGGUCCAGGCCUGACGAGAUGCGCUAUCAGAACCAUGCUAGUAUCAAGCUGAACUCCUACUCCAGCGUCCUCCCGAUCCCUCGUAUCUCUGCUCUUGACGAGAGAAGUCUAUCCAAAGUCUACAGCACCGAGGAAUUGACGGAGGAGAUGGCAAAUCUGGAGGGUUUGAUGAAGAACCUCACCGCUAUCACCCAAAAUGACUUUGACUGCACCAGCGAGCUUCACUCAAUACAGUAUCAGGCAGCCAUGGGUGGUUGUACAUUGCCAAGUGAAACGAACACCUCACCCGCCCCUUUUACCUCUCCUCUUCCGCACUCCAACAACAGCGACGUUUUCGAAAACGAUGCCUCUCUCCAUCUAGCCCGCGUUAUCUGCACUCAAAUCCUCAUGCCCAUCGUCUGCGUGGUGGGCAUGGCUAGCAAUGCAUUGAAUAUUGUGGUACUCACCAUGGCCACCAUGCACUCCUCUACCUCGUGCUACCUUUGCGCGGUGGCAGUGUACGACCUCCUCUACAGUCUCACUGGCUUACCUCUCACCCUGCGCACCUAUCCGUCUCUCGAGAUGUCUUCUAUCUACAUGAAUGCUCUCUCCUAUCUCCUGCCUCUGGGCAACAUCCUCCUUGCCGCCAUCAUUACCCUACCCGACUUCUUCUCAUGGGGAGUUCGAGAGGCCUGGAGGGCGUGUUCCCACGUUGCCGAGAGGUCGAAUAUCAACCACACGUCGAUGAACUCCUGUGUGGAGAUGUUCUACAUCUUUGAAUCAACUUGGAUCAGUGCCCAACUCGAUCGCUUCGGCUGGUCCUAUGCUAUCGUGGCACUUUUCGUUUUCAUUCCACUUAUUAUUUUGACUAUCUUUAAUGCCCUUCUUAUUAGGUCGGACAAGCAGUCAAUCACCAUCACACUGAUUGCCGUGGUGGUGGUCUUUUGCAUCUUCAACGCACCCAGUGCGGUGGUGUAUCUGAUAAGAUCCUGGUUUAAGCCCUCUGAUGCGCGACUCAAGAUCUUCGGCAAUAUCUCCAACCUUCUGCUGAUGCUGAACGCAUCGGUAAACAUUUUUCUCUACUCCCUCUUCAGUGCUCGCUUUCGACGGAAGCGCUUGGAGCGACUGGCAUGGCCAGGGUGGACCCCUAAGCACCCGCGAGACCAAAGUGAAGAGUUAAAAAAACAACCAAAGUAUCACAGUUCACCUCAAGAAUUGCUGCCACUGUGUCAGCCUCUAAGUGUCAAGUCGCCCCUAUUACAACUCGCCCUAAUAUCCGGUGUGCCGCUAUUAAAUUCGACGGACGACAAUGCUAGUGGACAGGUGGAUGCAACAAUGCGUAUUGAUGGAUCCGGUUUCUUCUGA